GUCAAGGAUGAAGAGUCGAUUGUUGUGGGCACAGUAAAGGUGAAAAACGUCUCCUUCGAAAAGGAAGUGGUCGUGCGCGUCACAUGGGAUGACUGGAAGAGUCAACAGGAUAUAUUCUGCACUUUUGCGCGGGCCUACGGACCAGCAACCUUUGCUCAUGUCGUAUUCGAUACAUUCUCCUUCAAAAUCACAUUGCCGCCAUCCUCGAAACGCUUGGAAUUCUGCAUUUGUUAUCGUGCCAACGAUCAAGAAUACUGGGACAAUAAUGGGGCCAAGAACUAUACUAUAACGAAGCGUUCGCCCUUCUACUACAAUGCUCUUUCGCCAUAUGACAAGAAUUCCUCACGCAAUUCCUGCCGCGGCCAUGUGAUGUCAGCGCUCUCGGAGGCUUUAGCCAACUCCAAAGAGCAUCAAACCCCGAAUAAGUGGAGUCAGGAGUCGGGACCCUACUGGCAACAAAAACGGAACGAGGAGAAAUAUUGGUGAAGGAUUAUUAGAAGCAAAAAAUAAGGACUACGAAUACCCGAGUCGCGUUAGUGAUAUGGGUUUCGUGCCAAAGCGAGCGCGCAACCAAAAGAAUGUUACAAAAUGCCAAUAUAGAACAAGUAUAAAGUCACAGCAUCAACUAUAAAAGUAAAAAAAUUUAGAAUUGCAAAAUUACAAUAUUAAAAAAACAAAAGAACUGGCAGGACGAGGCCGUUUUUAAAGUACGCUGACGCAGGAAUAUCCCAAGGCAGCAACAUUUUAUUGUGGUACUUAGUGCUUUAUAUAGCGGACUAAAAAAAUUGUGCGCAGCAGCAACCUAAUUACCGAUCAUCUAAGAAUUUAUACUAUGUGGCCUACACUCAAAGAAGCAAUUUCCACAACAAAUACAUAUCGUACAUUUUUUGAAAGUGAUAGUGGUAGGCUUGAGAUAGAAAAUAUUGAUUCCCAAAUAGAAAAAAUUGCACCCACGGACCGCCAUAA